CACUCCUUCUUCUUCCUCUUCUUCUAGUUGUCUCCAACUCUGAGAGUGAGAGGAGAAGCGAAAGCAAGAAUGGAGGUAUUCUACUACUUGGUUUUCGGGGUGAUGGCUGCCGUAGUGGCGGCGUUGGAGCUGAGCAAGACGAACAAGGAUCGGAUCAACACUUCUUCUUCCUUCAAUUCCUUCAAGAACAAUUACCUCGUCGUCUUCUCUAUCAUGAUGGCUGGGGAUUGGCUUCAGGGGCCUUAUGUGUAUUACCUGUACAGCACUUAUGGUUUCGGGAAAGGAGAUAUUGGUCAGCUUUUCAUCGCUGGUUUUGGCUCCUCCAUGUUGUUUGGUACCAUUGUUGGAUCUCUCGCUGACAAACAGGGUCGAAAGAGGGCAUGUGUUACUUACUGCAUAGUUUACAUAUUGAGCUGCAUCACCAAGCACUCUCCACAGUACAGAGUUUUGAUGGUUGGUCGUAUCUUGGGUGGUAUUGCUACUUCUCUCUUGUUUUCAGCCUUUGAAUCUUGGCUCAUUGCUGAGCAUAACAAGAGGAACUUUGACCAACAGUGGCUGUCACUGACAUUCUCUAAGGCGGUUUUCCUUGGAAAUGGUCUGGUCGCUAUUCUCUCCGGGUUGUUUGGAAACCUUCUUGUCGAUACUUUCUCAUUUGGCCCUGUAGCUCCCUUUGACGCCGCCGCAUGCAUUCUUGCGAUUGGAAUGGCCAUCAUUUUGUCAACAUGGUCGGAGAAUUAUGGAGAUCCAUCGGACAGUAAAGAUCUGCUGACUCAGUUCAAAGUUGCUGCCAUAGCCAUAGCUUCAGAUGAGAAGAUUGCAUUGCUAGGGGCUAUUCAAUCUCUUUUUGAAGCCUCGAUGUACACAUUUGUUUUCCUGUGGACACCAGCUCUGAGCCCAAACGACGAAGAAAUUCCACAUGGCUUCGUAUUUGCGACCUUCAUGUUGGCCUCCAUGUUGGGAAGCUCUCUUGCCGCUCGUCUCAUGGCUCGUUCAUCUCUCAGAGUCGAAAACUACAUGCAAAUUGUCUUUCUAGUCUCCGCUGCUUCUCUUCUGCUUCCCAUCACAACAAGUGUCUUGGUGACGCCAUCAAAGGUGAAAGAGGAAGGCUUGUCUUUGACUUGCUCCAUUCAACUACUUGGUUUCUGUGUUUUCGAGGCUUGUGUUGGAAUCUUUUGGCCAUCGAUCAUGAAGAUGAGAUCACAGUAUAUCCCUGAAGAAGCAAGAAGCACCAUAAUGAAUUUCUUCCGUGUUCCGCUCAACAUAUUUGUCUGCAUCGUCUUGUACAACGUUGAUGCAUUUCCAAUCACGAUCAUGUUUGGUAUGUGCUCAAUCUUCCUCUUCGUAGCUUCCAUAUUACAACGGCGGCUUAUGGUCAUCUCCGAAAAGCCAAAGGGAGAAGAGUGGAGUCCAAUGAAGGAUAGAAACUCUGAAGUUGAUCCUCUUACCCUCUGAUCAUUUUCCACUUUUUUUUGGUUAAUUGAUUUUCGCCGAAUCAUUGAGAAAUAGAGAAAGAAACAGUCUAAAUGAAGAAAGGUAAUGAUUUGCUCAAGAUUUUGCAUGUAUGGUUUAGUGAUGUUGAUUUUUUUUUAAUAGUGUACGUAACUCUCUAUUUUGCCUUUACCAAUUGAAUGUUAUAAUUUUACAAAUAGUGUGUUUUAAGUUUGUGAACUUCUUUGUUCACUAUGUACUAGAAAUUGAUCUCACUCUUUCCACAUGUUUAAUGCUUUUUCACUA